UACUGAGGGAUCAUGGGAUUGUAAGCCAUAUUUACAAGGUAUGAUGAAAUUAACGCGAAGAAGAAAAUUUUUGUUGUAGUGAAAUUCAUUCUUUUACUCUGAAAUGUGAAAUAUCAGCGACUAGUUUCACGUUAACAGAAAAGCUGUAACGUUUUUGAAGGUCUCGUUUAAUCAUCUGUAUUUCAAUGCAUGUUGUUGGAAUCAGCUCAAGUCAAGGUGAAAUCAACUGGAUCAUGGAUGAUCACUGAUUUACUCAUUUACUAGGAAUAUCAUUUAGUGAUUACUACUGCUACAAAUAGUAAUGUGGUACUAACAGUAACACUGAGUACAGGUUACAAAUUCUAAUAUUACUAAUGUUAGUGCAGUUAGUCUUUCGAGGACGGUUAGUAUUUGACAGUCUAUCGUUGACUGAGAUUGUUAUAACGUAGAUUACCUUUUUCCUCAUCAAUAAUCUUCACGUUGCAAACGAAUGAUGUCGUAUGCUGAGAUGAAGCCAACAGGAUCUACUUUUAAAAACAAUGCUACUCUAUUUUCUGAGAGUCUAGAAAUAAAAGAACCUUUAUAAGAAAAUGUAAUAGAUUGAAGGUAAUAAGAUAUUUUCUUAUGACCCUGUUAUGUGUGGUGGAAAACUGUUAUUUGUUGUCCUUCUGCUGAAAAAUUGAGCAGUAGAAUGUCUACAAUCAACCACCAGGGGAUCAAAAGUAAUUCCCUGGUACCACACCAGACUCUUUUCACAGGUGGCACUGGAAUCUUUCCUACUGGUGGAAUGGUUAAUAACUCAUCUGUAGGGGUUAUUCACACUAUACCAACUGUGGUGGGGCCAAAAUCUAACCAAUCCAAUCCACGACUGAGUUAUUUUGCCCAAGCAUGUGCUCCUUUCUCAUCAACUUCAGGAUUUCAACCAGUUCAUGACAAUAGCAUGUCAGCAUCCUUUGAACGAUACAUACCUGUUUGUCCUUCAUGGACACCAUUAAUUAAUGGAGGACCGCACAUAGAACCUGAAGGUCACAGCCCUUGUCCUUCUAAUGUUAAUUCUGUUGCUUUGUUGCAACAUUCCCAACCAGCAGUAAAUAUUGAAAGGCAACCUUACAUACAAGGCACCCCAACUCACUGUGUUGGAAACCAAGGAAACAAUUUACUUCUUUCAUCAGCUGUGGUAUACCAAGGGAACACCUCUCUUCCAGAAAGUAUAACUGUCCCCUUUGGAUGGAAAAGAUUGAUCUGCAAUGGAAAAGUAAUUUAUAUAAGCCCCAGUGAUUGCCAGUUGACUUCUGUGUCUGAUGUUGUUAAGUACCUUCAAACUGAUGGAACUUGUAAGUGUGGGCUAGAGUGUCCUGUUGUUCCAACUAAGGUUUUUAACUUCAAUCUAGCUGUACAGUCAAAACCUUGGGCUCUUACUGACUCUUGUUGGAAUGAUGCUACUAAAUUAUGUAUUCAUAAACGAAAAACUGUGGCAAUGGCCACUUUUCAAAACAGCACUACCCUUAACCCAUCCUCAUCACCUGUAACACAUUCUUCUCAGGCAAUACAAAGCUCAGUACCAGCAAUAAAAAAAAAGGAUUCCUCACAUUCUAAGAAAAAGAAAAUGAGAAAUAAAAACAAAAGCCCAUUCGAUGGAGUUCUUGUAUCUCAGCUGUUGGCUCAGAGAGAUAAAUUAGGCUUGCGAAAAGAAAAGAGAAAUCAUAAUUUGAUUUUUGGUACAAUUGCUGUUGAAAAGAACCUUUGUUCACUUUCAUCAUUUAGUAAUAGUACUGCAAGCGGUCAAGCAGGUAGCCUGUUGCCAAUGCAGUUUCUUAGUGAAGACAGAAGUAAUUUGCAGCAGAUCAGCACAUCACAAGAUUUACUUCUGGUUGAUAGAUCUGUUCAUAAUCACAACAUCAGAGUUUGCCCAAAUAACAGUCAGCAUUUGCACAACAAAACUGAAUGUGAAGCUCUUAUGUGCACAACAACCACAUCUUGUUCAACUGCAUCUCCUACCUUAAGUAGUACUUCAAAUUUAGGUCAUUAUGGAAUUCAGUUAAAUACAAAUUCUAAUGUGAAAAGUGUUUUUCAAACAGUAGAAUCUGGUGAAAAAAGGUAUAUUUCUUUAGAAGCACCACGAGUAGGUCAUGUAUCCAUGCCUCUCCCUGUGAGUCAUUAUAUGCAGUCAGGGCAGCCAUACAUACCAGUACAGCAAAAUAUGCAUACUUCAGGAAUUAAAACUGCAGAAAAUUCUCAUGUAGCCAUAUCUCAAUCAGUUGGAGGUAAUGGCCUCCAUUCUCAACUUAAAAUUAACCAGUGCAUUGGUUUAAAUGAACAGCUAAAUUCUUGUACAAUGCCCUCUGGACUAUGCCCAGAACAUCCUGGAACAUCUGUGAUGCAAUCAUCUGGUCCAAUACAAGAAGAAUUAAAUACAAGUAAAAGCAGUAGUGGAGUUCCUACACCAACCACACAGAAACUUGCUUCAACCUUUUUUACUCAUUCUGUUACAGAACAGCCAAGCAGUACUCAGAUUGGAGAUAAUAACUUGGGCCCUGCUGGUCGACAGAAAUUUAAAAAGCCUUCAAAAAUAAAUAACAGUGUGCGACUUUUUGAUAGUUUAUCUCCAUGCCCAAAUGUAGAUGUAAGACAGAUUCCCUCUGAACAUUAUCGACCUCCAGUUUGUACACUAGCCAGUCAAACAGUGUCAAACAGGAGUACAAGUACUCCACUUGUAGCUAUAUCUAGUGAUCAUCUUACUCCUGCACAAGCCUGUCAAUCCAUUAUGCAUCCACAGGGUUCCUCUGUAAGGUGGUCAAUCUCUUCCAGUAGUCAGAAUGAAAAUGUAGAUGUAGUUGUUUGUAGUCUACCAUCUCAUAGUUUAUCUGGUACAGUUAUUCCAUCUUCUAGACCAGAAGAGCUUUGUGCAAUCACACCAUCAACUUUAAAUGAUGUGUUUAAUGCUAGUAAUAUAAAUUGUACUUCAAAUUGUUCCAAAAUAUCUGUUUCAGUUGAUGGAGGACUAUCACUACAAAAAAGGAAUUCAUUUCCCUUUAAUGAUUCACAAUCAUCUAGUGUAAAUGCCAAUGGGAUGUUUAAAAGAAAUUCAGAACAAUUUAUAAGUUCUUUAAAUCAAGUGCAAGAUAACAGUGAGGUAAAUUCUGGUUCAGGCUUUGAUGUUACCUCUCCAGUAAAAGUGAGUUCUCAGAGUUUUUUAUCUAGUGUUGGAUCAAGCACUGGGAUAACAAACUUUAAUGGGCCUUACCCGGGUUUGAUGGUGCCUAAUCUCACUAAUAACCAUUUUUCUGCUAAUCCACAUGCUGAAGGAAGUGUUCCAACACCAUCAAGCAUCCAAGCUUCUCCUUCGGUAUUGAACAUUCAGGUUACACCCCAGACAAAUCAGAUUUCACCACUUCAGGUCAUUCAACAUGUUGGGAUGAUUGGCUCUCAGCAGUUGCGACCUAGUGUUAUACAGCCACAAACAAUUAGCUCAGAUCGAAUAGAAAAUACAGUGAAUGACAGUGUUCCUUCUGUUGACAACAUAACUUCAUCUUUUGUUCAGUUUCCUGGUACAGCUGGGACUGUUCGUUCCCCUUUAUGGCAGAAUAAUAGCUCUUCUGGUAUUUUAGUACAGAAUGUGUUCAGCCAGCGUGUAUACACUGAAUAUACACCAAAUACAGUUUUCCCAACUGUUUCAAGGACCCAGUUUGCACAACAGGUAAAUGGAAUGGUAUUACCUACAGGAUUUCAGGGAAUAUCAAAUUCUCAGCAAAUUUUAAUGACCCCAUAUGGUAUACGGGUACCAGUUGGUGGACCACCUUUAAAUACCAUAUCCACUCCAGUUGGAGAAGUCCAUCCAUUUGGAACAGCCUCUGUAUUUGGUCCAACCCAGCAGCUAACUCAACCAUUGUUAAUACCUGAUGGAAUGAGACCAAAUGUUUUACAAUCUCUGCAGCUUGUUCAGAAUGGUUGUUUUAUAAUUGGUUCAUCUCAACCAAGUUUUACAUUAAGAAACCAUCAUCUGUCAAAUCAUAACAUACCUUUGAGUACAGGAGAGGGCCCUUUACAAUGUGCUAACAUCUCUAUAACAGUUCAGAGUGGAAGUUCAGGAGCUUUUAUUUCUUCUCAACCACAGACAAGAGUUGCAGCUAUAUCUUUAGCAGCUUCUAGUACUCCAAAGAAUACAAGUGCUUUGCAGUCUUUUGAGCAACCACUUUGUGGAAUACAACAGCAAAAUAUACAACAGCUUACAACUUUAGGAGGUGAAGAAGCAAAUAACUGUGCACAGAUUUCUGACACUGUUGUUGGUGAGUAUGUUUCUUUAGGAAAGCAGGUCACAGCUUCAAGUGCAUGUUCCAGGGGUGCACUAAUAAGUGCCAACACUUUAUCAGAUGGCAGUGUUUUGCAUUAUACAGCUUCUCAUAACCGUCCAUCUAUUUCAGUUUGCAGUUCUCCUCAUAAUCAACCAUUUAAAAACACAAGUAAUAUGCCCUUGUCAGGGCAAGUUAGAUUAUAUAAUCCUAUGCCCCCUCUUUCUGUACCUAAUGUGACAACAGUAACUACCACUAUGACCCAGGUCAUACCUGCUGUAGGAAUGGUACCUCAAGUAUUUGGUCAACCAACACAGCCUAUGAUGCAGGUUUUUAAUUUGUUGUCUGUUCCAUCUAUGCAAAAUACAGUUCUUAUUCCUCAUGGCCAGAACUUCAUCUCUGGUCCUGUACGAAUUGAACAGCCUCAUCAUUCUCCAAUAAUUGGUACUCCAACAGAACCAACAAGUAUUUCAUUAUUGGGAAGGUCCAAUGGUGGAUUAACUCCUACACCAGUAACUUUAUCUAGCCCCACACAUUUCAUUACAGUACCAGCUCAACAGGAUGAAAAUAAAGGAAGGGCAGAACUUUAUUCGAUGUCACUAUCUCGACCUAGUUCAACCUGUAGUACACCUUUGUCCAAUAAUGGUUCCAUAUCAGGUGGGCAGAGUGAUGAUUCACCUAAUUGUCUUCAAACAUCAAAUAGAAAGAAAUCAAAAGAUGGAAAAAAAAAGACAGGAAGUCAGACAGUAGCUUCCAUGUUACAAAGUGGAACUCAGAACUCUAAUGUAGUGUUUCCAAGCAUUUCUAUUACACCUCAACAGCAGACCCAGCAAGCUCCUGUUCUACAGGCUUUUACUGUUUUGCCUCAAUCUUCAGCACAGCAGUCAAGGCAUCUAAUUCAGCAACAGCAAAAUGUUAUAAGUUACAAUGGCAUGAAUCCAGUUGUGCAACAACAAAUGUUAUCAUCAGGGCUCGCAAAUCAAAUAAAUCUUCAACCAUUUGGUAUGAUUGGGCUCCCAUCAGGUGGUGGAGCCAAUGUGAUGCAAGAUAUACCUUUGCAACAUUUUGUUUCUGGACCUCCUUUCCAGUCAGUUGCAUUGGUACAGAGUCCUCAAAACAUCAAUUCCUUUUCUCAAGAGCCAUCUGUUUUAGUACAGGGUCCUUCAAAUUUUGGGAUUCAGUCUAACCCAGUUCAAUGUGCCUUUCCUGGUGGUUCCUUUGUUUCUAAUGUGAUUCAACCCAGUUCACAUGUUCCUGGAACAGAAAUGAUCUUGAGUCCCCACAUUCAAGACCAUUCAGCUGUAGGAGGUAUUCCUCGGGCUAUAGUGCAUCCCCAGGGAUCCACCUCAGUGGUCACUCAUGUAGUGUCUGCCUUUGCUGAUACACCCUUAUCAUCCACAUCAACAACAACAACUCAGUUAACCAAUACUGAUACUAGAUUAAACAAUCAGAUUUCUUUAAGUGGUGGACAUACAACUCCUGUAACUGCCCCCGAAGAAAUAUCUUCUGAACCGUUGAAAUAUACAAUGAAUAAACUCAGUGAUCUUCCACAAUCAUCUAGAGCCAGGAGUGUUGGGGUACAAAGUGGAGAGAUAGAACAUAAUGCUGCUGUGCAGACAGUCAGUUCAUUGGAUUCCAUGGCAAACCCGGUGAAUGAGCUUUCUCCGUCAAAAAAAAUCAAUACAGUUUUUCUUAAACAGAAUGUAGACAUUGUUAAUCAUUCAUUAAAGGAUUAUGCCCAAAAAGAAGAAGUUUUGUUUCCAUCUUGCGAAGAAGAACCGAAUGAGACUUUGUGGCCAGACCCUGUGAAUUUGUCAGCUGCAGUGAGAGCAGUCAUGCAAGAAGGUACAAGCAAUGUUAGAGACUGUCCAGUGCCUAAUGUUCCCGGUGAAUCAUUUAGCAAGGAAGAAAACUUAAGACAUACUGAUGUACAUUUGCAACUUCCAGCAAAAGGCAGUGGACCAUUUUUUUCUGUCCAGGAUUGUGAAAGUUCACAAAUUCAGCAACAGACAGUGUCUGAGGUGAAUUUAGCUCUUGAUUUAAGUAGGACAUGGACAUACACAAAACAGUUUGUGCAAGAAAAUGAUCAUAGUUUCAUAGAAAAUGAAGAAAAUAGUAAGAGUCCUCCUGAAAAAUGUGGAUUAAGUGAACCAAGUGAUUGUGUAAAUAACCUUCAAUCCAAAUGGGAUACUUGUCCAUUACAAACUUUGCCAUUGGACCAACCUGACAAUGCAGCUGAAAAUCCCUCCUCUGCUUCUUCAGAUACCUCUGAACAAUCGUUAACGAGUGCUGAUAACCAUUCAACAAGUGAUUCAGGAGUAGAGUCCAGUCAGGAGCCAAUGAAUCUUGUUUGUAGCCGAGAUGAGAGAGAAGAAGAAAGCAGAAUGUGCUUAGAAACCAGAGAUGGAACAUUGGAGUCCUCAGCCAACACAAAGAUUUUGGAAGAAACUACAAAUGCUAUUGUUUCUAUCACCCGAACAGUAGUGAAUCAGAACUUUGAGACAGAGACGUGUAAAGCUGAAAGGUGGUCUGGAGUAAAGAGGAGAAGAAGGGAAAUGCUUUCUAUCUCACAAGAAGAAGUACAAAACUCUGAUGAUGAAAAUCCAGAUUCUCCUCCACUCCCUCCCCAACCACGAACAUUUAAUAUAGGAGAUCUGGUGUGGGGACACAUAAGAGGAUUUCCCUCCUGGCCAGGAAAACUUGUUCAUGAAGAAGAAGUAAGAGGUAGUAAUAGCCAGUGGGAAGAAGGAAAGGUCUGGGUAAAGUGGUUUGGUGAUCACACAUUCACACAAGUGGAACCAGAAAAGUUGAAGACAUUAUCAGAAGGGUUAGAAGCACAUCACAGAGCCAGAAAGAAAUACAGAAGGGGAAGAAAAAUGAAUUCAAACCUGGAAAAUGCCAUUCAAGAAGCCAUGCUGGAAUUAGAUAGACCCACCUCUGCUUCAGGAGGUGGAAGUGCUGCAGGUGGUAUUCAACAAACUAUGACUGUGUCCUGUUCUAAACCAGGAAAAUCACGUGGCUCUAAACAUAGAAGGACAAAAUAAUAUAUAUAUAUAUAUAUAUAUAUA